GCCCGCGCUGCCUCACACCGGCUCCAACAUAUAAAGGCUGUCAGCGGCUCCUCUGGCCACAAGCUUCACAACCAGCACGGUUUUCUUCUUUGGGGGGUUGUAAUAAGAGACACUUUCUUCACAAAGGUUCAUAUCAUCACAUAGGAGAGUGCUAUAUAUACGGGGAGAACAAUAGACUGUGUUCUUUUUUUCUUGAUAAUAUCCUGAGAUUUGCUUUCUGCUGCCCUGACUUAAAGCAGAGUACCUCUGUGGCCUAUCUGUGUCCUUUGGCCCCAAAAUGACAGUAAUUGCUGCAAUCAGUUGUACUCUCUUAUUUUCCAUUCUCUGUGAAACAAGUGCAUUAGUGUUACCCAACUCCACUGACCUAUUCCUGUCAGACAAUAAUUUCACUGACAUCAAGACGGCUUUGGCAGCUCAUCUGGACUCUGCAAAAAUUCCCAAAGCCAGGCGGAAGCGCUACAUUUCACAGAAUGACAUGAUUGCCAUUCUUGAUUAUCAUAAUCAAGUCAGAGGCAAAGUCUUCCCACCUGCUUCCAACAUGGAAUAUAUGGUUUGGGAUGAAACUCUUGCCAAAUCUGCUGAGGCUUGGGCUGCUACAUGCAUUUGGGACCAUGGACCUUCCUAUCUUCUGAGAUUUUUGGGCCAGAACCUGUCUGUAAGAACUGGAAGGUAUCGAUCUAUUCUCCAGCUGGUAAAGCCUUGGUAUGAUGAGGUGAAGGAUUAUGCUUUCCCUUAUCCUCAAGACUGCAACCCUAGGUGCCCGAUGCGAUGUUACGGACCCAUGUGCACCCAUUACACACAGAUGGUUUGGGCCACUUCCAAUCGUAUAGGCUGCGCAAUCCACACAUGCCACAAUAUGAACGUCUGGGGAUCUGUUUGGCGGCGAGCUGUUUACUUGGUAUGCAACUAUGCCCCAAAGGGGAAUUGGAUUGGAGAAGCACCCUAUAAAGUAGGAGUUCCAUGUUCAACUUGUCCUCCAAGCUAUGGAGGUUCUUGUAUUGACAAUCUUUGUUUCCCAGGAGUAACAUCAAACUACUUAUACUGGUUUAAAUAAGUUAAGGUUAACAUUAUUUUAAAGAAUACCCACAGAUGAGUAACAAGAACCUUGUGUAUUGAAUUUUGCACAUAUUAUAUAUAGAGAGAUAUUGUAAUAAUACUCUGAUAUUUUCUUUUUGUAUGCUUUUGUAUAAUUAGCUUUCAAAGUACAGUAUAAUUCGGUUUUAACACUUUGGGAUUUAAGGCUUGCAUUAUCCCUUUUAGAUUAACAUUUUGUUAAAGGAGAGCAAACUCAUUUUAAUCUUAGCAAGUGUAGCUUCCUGAAGAUUAGAUUGUAUUAAAAGCACAUCAGAAAGUAGAAUAUUACUUCUUUUAAAAAAUAAUAGCUCUAGAAAGAGAAGGGUCAUUGUUUAAUACUGUGCUUUAAAAAUGGAGUGUGACAUGCAAAGCAACAAAUUGUCCUCGCACUCCUGAUGGUUCCUCCUGUUUACACCUGUGCUUUCACCUGCAAUGUCAAUGGGACACUGAGCAGAGGAAAACAUAUGUGCAAGAGAAACUGCAGGAUAUUACCUACCUCAUGCACAGCAUCAGUUCAUUUAUGGUGUUUCAAGAGUUCAGCACAUGGCUGCUGCUAUCACAUGUCUGUGUGCAGACAGGAAUAUUAAAGGAAUGAGGAACCACACUGACUAAGAUGCAGUGGCUGUUAACUCACAUGCCUAAAGUCUCACCUAGAUAGACUGCUACAUCACUUCAAAAAUACUGGUAUAACAGUGCAGCUUGACUCUACCUUCCUGUAUUUCUGAACACAGCCAUAGUUCUAUAAUGGUGCUUUGCAGGAUUAUAUUUAUUCUUUUACAGGAA